AUUUACACUAGAGACUCACGGACCUCUCCUAACAGGAACUCGUCCACAGUGUAGCGUCUCCAGCAAACCGUGCGCGCUGCUGCUGCUGCUGCUGCUGCUGGGUGGCGAGGCGAGGUCACAAGUUCCCCGGCACAGCCCCCGAGCGGAUCACACACUUCCCCACAGGGAGGGCGGCUCCCACAUCCGUGCGGAGAGGGAGACACACUAGGGACAAGGGGGACAAAAGCCUCAACCCGCACUCACACCGAGGCAGAAGGUUUGUGAAAGUCUGAGAUCCGACAGGUGGGAUGACCAAUCACCCAUCACAGUCCAACGGCAUGCAGAGCCUCCGGAAGGAGUACCUGUACAAGGUGCUGGUUAUCGGCGACCUCGGGGUCGGGAAGACUUCCAUCAUCAGGCGCUACGUCCACCAGACCUACUCCAACAACUACCGGGCAACCAUCGGAGUGGACUUCGCCCUGAAGGUGUUGAACUGGGACUCUGAGACUGUCCGGCUUCAGCUGUGGGACAUUGCAGGUCAGGAACGUUUUGGUAACAUGACACGAGUGUACUACCGUGAAGCCAUGGGAGCCUUUAUAGUGUUCGACGUGACACGGCCCACAACCUUCGAGGCCGUCAUCAAGUGGAAAGAGGACCUGGACUCCAAACUGAUGCUGGCUAACGGACAGAGCAUCGCCACCGUGCUGCUGGCUAACAAGUGUGACCAGGGCAGAGAGCUGACCAACAAUGGCAUCAAAAUGGACCAGUUCUGCAAGGACCAUGGCUUUGCCGGGUGGUUUGAGACCUCAGCUAAGGACAAUCUUAACAUCAGUGAAGCCGCAAACUUCCUGGUCAAGCACAUCAUGGCCACAGAGAACGACAUACUGAAAACCGUGGAACCUGACACCAUCUCGCCACAGCUCGACUCCAACAGGCAGACAAGCUGCUCUGGCUGCUUCAAAUAAUGACAGGAGCGAGUGAUGGCGGGACAGAACAGAAUGGAGUCACAGCAGGACAAAGUAGGAUGGGCGCACCACACGGCCUUCUGAGUAAAUCUGAUUACCCACAGUACAGUUUUGCUGCUUUGGUCCAAACCAGUUGAGUUGAACAUUUAAGUCUCUGCAACAAACCAGAGCUUGCAUUUGGACUCAGAAGCCGCAUGUUUAUUUAGGAGAGUUUUGGUAACUCUACAUACUGAGAGUGUGAUGUUUUUGUCAAACAAGCGAGUAUAACUUCAGUUAGGCAUAACACCCAUGUCAAAACUCCUUGGCAUGAUGUAUUAUAUCAUUUAAUGUAUCAAACCAUCAACCUUGCUCUUGGGGCUGUUCCUUUUUUAGCUGGUUGAAAUUAUAUCUCGCUUCUAACAGCAGUUCACUCCCUAACAAAACUGAACAAAAGGAGUAAAUAUCCUCAGUAUGAUUGAUGCAGCACACCUAAAGGUCUGCAGUAAUGACCUCUAUUAACCUCCAUAAAAACGUGGUGAAAAUAACAGUGUGGGAGACAUGCAGGCAUCCUGUAAUGUUAUUUUCUGAGAGCCAAAGAAAGUAGUAUUGACCACUUACAGUGGGUCCUAUGUUGUGUAAUGAUGUGAAUUUUGCACAUACAUUGUUUUUUUAAUGAUUUUAAGUUAUUUACCAUAUGCUUAUACAGAGAGUGUAAUGCUGGUUAUUGUGUUUUGUCGUGUUGCUUAAAACCCUCCAUUCAACUGA